AUGCAAUCCGUCCCCCUUUUCCUCCUUUCUCAGGGCCCAGCAGGACAACAAGGUAAGGAGGACAUUCAUCUAAGUAUAUAUGGGGAAGCUGCAACAAAAUGUUGCAGCAUGAAGUGCUUUUGUUCUGGAUACUCCACUUUAUUCUCCAUUCUCUCCCGCCUCCCCCCUGUUCCCCCUUUCCUCCCCCUUUCAAUAAUCAGUCAGCAUUCCCUAGCCACUGAUCACGCCGACUCCUUUCCUUAUAUGAACGGUUUAACAGGAUUUAUAAACUGCUUUAUCAUCUGUAACCUCUAAGCAGUUUACUCGGACUAGAAAAUUCAUUAAGGAUUCACUACUCAUUAAUCAUAGUCAUUAAGAAAUGCUGAUAACAAGCAAAUGUUAAAAGCAAGUUAACCUAAGACGAAUCAAAAUACAUGUAAAAUCAGCACUCGUUAGAAAUUUACGAAAUUAAUAGAAGCUCAUGUUAUCAUUACACGUUAAAAUUGCAAGCCUGGGUAGGAUUCUCUAAACAAACAAACAAAGUCAUUAUGUAAAGUUAAAGGGACCCCUGACCAUUAGGUCCAGUCGUGGCCAACUCUGAGGUUGCGGCACUCAUCUCACUUUAUUGGCCAAGGGAGCCAGCGUACAGCUUCCGGGUCAUGUGGCCAGCAUGACUAAGCCACUUCUGGUGAACCAGAGCAGCGCACAGAAUCGCUGUUUACCUUCCCGCCAGAGGAAGGUAUUUAUCUAUUUAUCUACUUGCACUUUGACGUGCUUUUGAACCGCUAGGUUGGCAGGAGCAGGGAGUGAGCAAUGGGAGCUCACCCCAUCGCGGGGAUUCAAACCACUGACCUUCUGAUCGGCAAGUCCUAGGCUCUGUGGUUUAACCCACAGCGCCACCCGCGUCCCUAACAAAGUCAUUAGCAGGUGUCAAAAGGAAUGCCGUGCAGAUGUUUCAAGGAUAUUGAUAUAUUUGGGGCAGGGUUGCCAUACACCCAGAAUUUCCUGGAACUUUCCUCAGAAUACUGCAGUCAGAAGCAGUGUCAAGGAGGAAACUGGCAAAAAUGUCCAGAAAAAUCUGGACGUAUGGCAACCCAUGUGUCUGGAUUUUCAAUUUUUGAAAGACAGAAUAGUUUUGGAGGCUUUUCACCCUAAAUUUAUAUAACAGCAUAAGCAGACCCUGCUGGAUCAGGCCAAUGGCCCAUCUUGUCCAGCAUCCUGUUCUCACAGUGGCCAACCAGAAGCGCCAAUGGGAAACCCGCAAUCAGGUUUCCUUUCCUCUCCUGCAGUUUCCAUCAGCUGGUAUUCAGAAUCAUCAUUGCCUCCAACUGCAUAGGCAGAGCAUAGCCAUCAUGACUGGUAGCCACCAAAAGCCCUCUCCUCUAGGAAUUUGCUCUAUCUCCUUUUAAAGUCGCCCAAGCUGGUGGUCAUCCCUGCCUCCUGUCGGAGUGAGGUCCACAGAUUUACUAGACAAACUCCUUCUCUCCCUACCCUCUUUCUCCUGCUGAGUAACUCUUCCUCAGCUGGUUAAACCUCCUAUCCCUUCUGAUCCCCUUGGUGAUUGGCCAGGGGAGGCAAUUCAGUCAGAAUUGGGGGAGGGAAGGUGUAAAACAAGCAUCCCCCCCCAUUGCGCUGCCGCCACCAAGGGAAAGGAGGAGAGGUAAACACGCAGCUGAACCCAAGCCCAGGCCGAGCCCACCUCCCCGACAGCUAGCACACUAAAAGCAAGCCAGAGCCCAAAGGGAAGCCCACUGGAAAAGACCUUGCUUCCUUCUAUUUUCAAUUUUUGAGGGAAAAGAAAAGAAAAAGGCACUUUUUUUGUAUUUUUAAGGGAUUUUUUUUUUAAAGGGAAGGAAGAAGGGAAAAACAUUUUUUCUUAAUUUUAAUUUUUAAUUGUUUUUUAAUAAGAUUUUUUGUUCUUUUUUUGAAAAAAAUAAUAAUAUUUUUAUAUUACUAUUUUCAUCUCCAUCUAUUUUUUAAUACAUAAAUUUCCCCCUUUCCCCCCCCCCAUAGAUUUUAACCUUCUUUAAAACAAAAACAAGCAUCCCCAAACUCGGCCCUCCACAUGUUUUGGGACUACAACUCCCAUCAUCCCUAGCUAACAGGACCGGUGUUCAGGGAUGAUGGGAAUUGUAGUCCCAAAACAUCUGGAGGACCGAGUUUUGGGGUGCCUGGUGUAGAAUGUCCCUGUCCCUGCAUUCCCUCUUGUGCUGCUCAGCUAACUGGGUAACACCUGAACCUGGGUUUAAACAGAGCUGGCCUGCAGAGAAAAGAGGAAUAGUGGGGUAUAAAUUUGAUGAAGAGAUCGAUAGAUAAAUAUUAUUUAUUUAAUAAAGAAUUUGCUUCUUGGCUGAUCUGUGGAGGCAUGUUGUGAGCCAUGCAAGAGGAGGGAGCGAGCCAGAAGCAUCUCAAGAAGUGAAAACUACACACUUCUGAACAAGAAAUAGGGGGGGAAAGGGCUCAUGUUUCUAGGAGACUAUGGAUGCUGACCGGAAAAUGUGCAUACUGCCCAGAGAAUGUCCAAAAUGCAGUCGAGAUAUGUACAUUCCCCAAAGUCUGAUGGGGAUUACGCAAAAUGGAUGGAGGAUGUACAAAUUUCAGCCACUAUAUGUGCACCAUUCUGCAUGAAUCUGUCCUGCCUCACAACCAACACAUGCAGACAAAGACCCUUGUUUAAUUUUUGUCUUGGUUUUAUGGUUUUAGUGUUUUUUGUAAACUGAAUUUUUGUUUCUGUUUUGUUUUUUACAAUCGAGCGGCACAUAAAUUGUAUGAAAUAAGUAAAUGAAAGUAAGUAACAGAUAGAUCUUUAUUUGUACGCAAGCUCUCCCCGCCGCCACUGCUGUUGAAUGAACUGAGGUGCUCCCCAUCCUUAGGCCUAUGACCUGCCAUCCCGCAGCUAGCAGGCAAAGCCAUUUGGCUAAUUUUUGUCUGCCUCGUUUAGAUCCUAUCUCCCUGGAUGUUGCAAAGGCAUUAAAACGUCUCCGCCAGCGCCGUCUGGUAGGGUUCUGCAAGACCCACUUGCAGUGGCGUGCGUCUUUUAAUUACAUUUGCAUGCGUGUCUCUAAUUUGCAAGGUGCCUAGUCGCAGAUGAAACAAUGACCAACCCCUACCCUGUGGGAUCUUGCAGGUCUUUGUUUUCCUUUCUGCUACUCCGGAGACACACGGGAGAAAAAGGGUGAAGCAAUGAUUCCGCUGAAGUAGUGAAACAGCUGCAAAGAGCUGGGAUUACGCAGCCAGUGACUGGGAGCAGGAAAUUAGGAGGGUUACAGUGAUGAACUCCUGCGGUGACUCAGUUCUCAGUAACAUAAGUGGAGCACUCCCUCGCCUCAGUGGCUACUUUCAGCAAUGGGUGAACUCAGCAACCUGCACCUAAAACCAACCUGGCUCCAUUUCCUCACACCCCUUAAGACAUGACUAUCUCACACACCUCUGAUUUAGUUUCUCUGCUCUCCUCACAGUUGCACUUCUUCCUAAAAUCACAGAAAUGUAGAGUUGAAUGGAACACCAAAGGUCAUCUAGCCCAAGCCACUGCAACUAUUAUUAUUAUUAUUAUUAUUAUUAUUAUUAUUACUACUACUACUACUGUGGUACCUCUGGUUACGUACUUAAUUCGUUCUGGAGGUCUGUUCUUAACCUGAAACUGUUCUUAACCUGAAGCACCACUUUAGCUAAUGGGACCUCCCACUGCCGCUGCGCCGCUGGAGCACGAUUUCUGUUCUCAUCCUGAAGCAAAGUUCUUAACCCGAGGUACUAUUUCUGGGUUAGCAGAGUCUGUAAUCUGGAGCAUAUGUAACCCGAGGUACCACUGUAUUAUUAUUAUUUCUAUUUUAUUUAUAUGCUGGCCAUCUGACUGGGCUGCCCCGGCCACUCUGGGCAGCUCCCAACAAAAUAUUAAAAACACAAUAAAACAUCAACCAUUAAAAACUUCCCUGACCAGGGGAGCCUUCAAAUAGUUGUUUAACUGUUUGACAUCUGAAGGGAGGUUGUUCCACAGGGCGGGCGCCACUAUCGAAAAGGCCCUCUGCCUAGUUCCUUGUAAUUUCAUGUCCCUCAGUGAGGGAACCACCAGAAGGCCCUCAGAGCUGGACCUCAGUGUCUGAGCUGGAUGAUGGGGGUGAAGCCACUUCUUCAGAUAUACAGGGCUGAGACCGUUUAGAGCUUUAAAGGUUAGCACCAACACUUUGCAAUUGCAAUGUAGGACUUGCUGCUAAAAAAAUCUUGUCAGAUGACCACCCAACCUCUGUUGAGAAACCUCCAAUGAAGGAGAGUCCACCACCUUCCUCUCUGACAGGAGCUCGUUCCUCAGCUUUUGCUAAAGGCUGCCACCAGCCUAUGUCCGCACCAAAUAUUGUGCAGCGAGUAGAGACGAGCUUUCUUUCAUCUGCCUUUCCAUAUGCACAGGGGAACCAAAAGAAUUGCAUCCACUAUGAUGGGUAAAAAAGAAACCUAUUGUACCUUUUACAAUGCUGCCGGCUAACCCACAGAUCUGGAGCUGGCCUCACAAGAACAUACCAAGCAGUGACAAAAAGACAAUCUUCUGAGGAGGCAAAGAGAAUGCCUCACUGGUCAUCAGAUUGAAUAUUUGGGUGGAAGGGGAGCCAAUAACCCCCUUCAGCUAUUCAGGUGGGAGUCCUGUGAAUGCAGAUAGUUACACCUAACAGAGUCAGAUUGAGGACAUUUCCCCCACCAUAGGCAGUGAUGGUCACCAACUGGAUGGUUUUCAAUGAGGAUUUGACCAAUUCACAGAGGAGAGGGUUAUCAAUGGCUACCAGCCAUGAGGGCUAUGAAAUUCCUCCACAUAUUGAGGCAGCAAUUCUUCCAAAAUGCCAGUUGCCGGAAACCACAGGGGGAGGGGAGAGGGCUCUUGUGCUCGAAUCUCACUUGUGGGUUUCGCACAAGCAUCUGGCUGGCCACUGCAAGAACAGGAUACUGCUCCCAGGGGGCCACUGGCUCUUCUUAUGUUCUGAUGCAUGCGCCUGCAUGCAGCAGCUACCCUUGGAUGCAAAAAUAUUGACUACACCUGUUGUUCAAAGGGCAACAGCCAGGCUGAAAUAUUGGAGGAAGGGGAAGGACAAGUGAUGGUUGAAGUAGCGGAGGCUGCUUCUUUAGGGGGAAUGGGGCAGGGCCCCACUAACCUCAGCCCAUCUCCAACCAGCCACCAUUUGUUCUGCCUGCCAGCUUCCUCCCCCUCUUCCUUAGUCUCCGUGUUGCCCACGUACAACUCUGCAGGGAGGAUACUGGAAUUAGUCACUGGCUCUGGCGCCACCUACUGGUUGCCUCCCUGCCUUCCACCCUACCAGCUCCAAUGGGGCCCAGCCACUACCGAAAGCAAGAUUUCAUUUCUUGGUGUGUAUGUCUGUCAUGCAAAUUGCAGAGUGGGGAGAAACCAGGCUCACGCCGCAGUUGAAAAUCUGCCACAACAGUCUUCCUUCCCCCCCCCUCCAACACCCACAGCCUGUCUUCACCCUGGUGCUAAGAUGUCAUCCUGUCUAGUGGCGUUAAAGCCCAGUUUGGAAAUCCAUCCUAAGAAAGAAGGGCAGCUGCCAAUUUGUCUGUUUGAGGGCACGUCAUUAAUCUCAUGCGCAUCUCAUUUCUGGUGACAUUGCACCAUAUUGUGGAAGACACUCUCAUUUUGGAAAGGUUCUAUUAUCCCUAGGUGGCCUUAGGCAAGCUCCUAUUUCACAGCCUCAGCCACGCGUCUGCAAAAUGGGAAUUAUACUGCUGAGCUGGCUUGCCUUCCUGUGUUGUUGUAAGGAUUACAACAGGAUGUCUGCAAGGUGCUCUGAGCACUCAAAGGCAAGGAUAGACAAAGUGGAGCCCUCCUAAGUGUUGCUAGACUACAGCUCCCAUCAGCCUGAGCCAGCAAGGCCCAAUGGUCAGGGCUAGUGGGAGUUAUAGUUCAGCAUCAUCUGAAGGUAUGUAUGGAGGAGAAGUUUGAUUCUCUUUGCCUUUAUAAGCAAACUGCGCUAAAGUGCACUUUCUGAAGCAAUACACAAAUGGAAACACAAGCAUCCUUCAAAGUUUGCUGUCCUCCGGACUUUGCAGUGCACUUCUCCAGCUGCAUAAUAUGAACAAAAGCGCAUAUACUGGGGUACUGUGUUCAUCAAAAUGUACCGUAUUUUUUGCUCUAUAAGACUCACUUUUUCCCUCCUAAAAAGUAAGGGGGAAAGUGUGUGCGUCUUAUGGAGCGAAUGCAGGCUGUGCAGCUAUCCCAGAAGCCAGAACACAAGAGGAAUGGCUGCUUUCGCUGCGCAGCGAUCCCUCUUGCUGUUCUGGCUUCUGAGACUCAGAAUUUUUUUUUCUUGUUUUCCUCCUCCAAAAACUAGGUGCGUCUUGUGGUCUGGUGCGUCUUAUAGAGCGAAAAAUAUAGUAUAUUGGUAACAAUAGCCUUCGAAAAUGCCUUGUAUUGGGGAAAACUGCAUACCAAAGUGGGUAUAUUUAAGAAAGAUCCACACUCAAAUCCAUAUUUCUCCCCAGGUUUCCAAGAUUCCCAGUCCAACCUGGAGAUGGCAGGGAUUGAACCUGCGUGCAAAGCAGAUGCUUUAGCAGUGAGCCAAAGCUCUUCCCCAUCCUUAUUCUCAGGGGUGGCACUCCCCAUUUCACUCGCCACUGGCACCGCACCACCCUUACCUGUCUUGCCCACUGGUGCCCACAAAGCGCCAGCAGCCGCGGCCAACUUCCAGUGAGAUUUUGCAAGAUCUCACCGAAGUCUUGUGAGAUCUCGUGCAACAGGGCCAGCAGCAGAGGCCACUGGCAAACAGUGGAGGUGAGGCAGGCACCUCUUCUAGGGCUUCUGUUGCUUAAGGCAGGCUCCUCACCAGUGCCAGACUUACGUAUAAGCUAAACAAGCUAUAGCUUAGGGCCCCACUCUCUUGGGGGCCCCAAAAAAAAUUAAAGAAAAAAACAACCUGGAUGUACAUUUCCAAAAUAUAAGAUAAAAAAAAAUUUUAAAAACCUACAUACAGCAACAGUGUUUUGUGUAGUGUAGGCUCCUAUCUGUUAUGUGCAAAUGGCUUUAGAUACCUAUUAUGAAUUACCAUAUAGCAUAUAUUCAACACAAAAAAACAGUGACAAUUUGUUGUUGACAAAGGACAGCUGGACAUAUAAAGGGCCCCAUUACCUUCAGUAGCUUAGGGCCUCAUCAAACCUAAAUGCAGCCCUGCUCCUCACCCUUCUUCCUCAGUGGACCGGGCCUUCUUCUUCCUUCCAUCCUGAAAAUCAUUAGGCAGAGACAAAGUUUCUCACACUUUUCCCCCCCUUUCUCUUCCAGCUCUGCAACCAAAUCUCCUCUCCUUUCCUCAGCAGCAGAGUGGGAUCCUCCUUCCCCAACAUGGGCACAGCUUGACGUCUCAGGUAAUGGCCACUUGGCAGGGUGUUUAGCUCAUGGAAAUCAUAGAGUUGUAGAGUUGGAAGGGACCAUGAGGAUCAUCUAGUCCAACCCCCUGCAAUGCAGGAAUAUCUUUUGAUUGGAUUAAUUUGGUUCAGUUAACUCAGCUGAAUUAAAUUCACUAUUGAGCCGAAGCCAGUAUUCUCAGAUAUUCAAAACAUCCAACAUAGAAACUGAAAUUUUGAAUGUGCCAUCUGAUCUUAAAAUUCAGCUGCUUUGGGGGUCACUUUGCCACACAUCAGAUGUACAUCAGCUGCUGGCUGUCAACAUCAUUAGCCACAUUGCCAAAUAUGAAAACUGUUGCAUGACAGCUACACAUAUUGUCACAUACUAGAUCCCAGUGCAUGUCAGCUUUUAAAUUCCACUGCCUACUGUAAGAUAUGGUGAAAUACUAUAUCCUAUUGUAUGUCAACUCUCAGAUCCUGACAAAUCAAAUGUCAAGAAUUGAAAAUCAAACAUAUGAUAUCAAAUAACAGAUUUGUAUGAUCUGUAUUGUUCUAUUGGUACUGUUGCUGUGGGGUUUGUAAUGACCUUUGGCUAGAACAAUAAACUUAUAUUGAUUGAUUGAAUAGCAGAUUUCAAGCAUUCAGCAAAUAUUUGAGCAUUUGGGGAAUGUUUGAAGAACUUUCAGUGCCUAAAGAGAAACUGAUGUGCUGUUUUGCAAACAAAUUAAUUUCAGCUCUAAUUCAGUGUCUAGCUAGGAACCCCAAAGGUCAGUAGGAGCACUCCUUGAAAUCUGGUGCAGAAUUAUCUCUGGACAAUCCCAAAGUGCUCAAAUAAAUGGCUGAAUUUUCAGUACUAUAUAUACAGUAUAUGAAGUCCCCCUUGUCCCCCUUGGCCACAAUCUUAACACUAAAUUUCCUGGAGAACUGAAUUUGGAACCAGAUGGAAAUAUUCCAUUGGGAAGGACCGUGGGAAUUUGACUCCACAGUUGUGCUCACAUUGAGCCAAGUCCAAUACAAAGGAAGGGAGGAGGGUGGAAAGGACUCUUUCCUACCCACAGUCAAAUUUGGUUUAAUCUGAGCAAGUUCUCUUUUCCGCUAUUCCUUGGGAUGAUGAGAGCUCCCUGUGGCUGUUUACUGAAAUGUUCCACAAAGCUUAGGGCUGUGGAACAUAGUUUGGUCACCCCUGGGCUACUCAGCCUAAAGGCAGCAUGCAUAGAAUCCUAGAGCCGGAAGAAGCCUCUGAAGUCAUCUCAUCCAACCUCCUGGUCAAAGUAGGAAAGCCACUAUGAUAGGAUCCCUGAUAGGUAGCCAACCAGCCUCUGCCUAUGAGGAAAGGUUACGGUUUUCCCACAAGCAUCUGGCCGGCCCCUCUGAGAACAGGAAUGCUAGACUAGAUGCCACUGGCCUCAUCCAACAGACUCUUCUUAUGUUCUUAUGCUUUAAAACUUCUAAUGAAAAGAGGGAGGCAGAAUCACAAGCAAAGUGCCUGAAAACUGAAGAGGAAGCAGGAUUUGGAAAGGUCUAUCAACCACCACCGCCGCCGCCAACAGAAAGCAUCCAGUCCCAUAGUGUCUGAUCCUGGGACACUCCCUCUACCACCAGGAGACACCUAGAAUGAUGGAUGAGAGGAAACUGUCUCCAUAACACCCAGGCCUCUUAUGUCAUCUUCAGAUGUGUGGGUUUCUGCUCAUCCUAAAUUAUACGAACAAUCUUGCUGGAUCAGCCCAGUCAGCCCUCUAGGCCACACCGAGUGUAAUUAGGAAUAAAAACAACUAAAUUUGAUUAGUCAUUGUUGCAAUGAAUGUAGGAUAAGAAAAUCCCUGCUUACAGCCGGUUGGAGGAUCAUAUAUUUGAGUCUUCCCCCUUGUAUAAGUCUUCCUUCGUGGAGGAAACUAGCACAUCAGGGCAAGGGCAUUUAUCAUCCUUGCAUGCUAGAUUUCUAAUUACGAGAAAUGUUUUCCCCACAUUUGUAGGAUUCCCCCGCCACCACCUAACCAGCAAUCUGAACUGGUAUAGUCCCAACAGGAAGGGUAAUACCCUACGAUUAUUCUGGAUGUGUCUUGAUUGGCUCUCAGGGCACACCCAUACUAUACAUUUAAAGCACAUUUGACACACAUUUAAAGCACAUGGAUUCCCUCAAAGAAUCCUGGGAACUGGAGUUUACAGAGCCACAAUUCCUAGCAUCUUUAACAAACUACAUUUCCCAGAAUUCUUUGGGGAAAGCCAUGGCUGUUUAAAGUGGUAGGAUUCUACUUUAAAUUUAUAGUGAGGCCUUAGUUUCCAAUGGGUAUUUUAUUGUGUUGACCAAUGUUUUGUUCAUAUUGAUGGUUUUCUAUGGGGUUAUUUUGGCAAAUAAUUUGUAUUGCACCAGCCACUUUGGACACUUUAAUUGAGAGGCUGGAUGCAAAUGUCUAUAGCCCACACACAAAAAACACAAUUUGGUGAGGGUGGAAGUGGAGUCAUAGAAUUGUAGAGUUGGAAGGGACCCCGAGAGUCAUGUAGUCCAACCCCUUGUAAUGUAAGAAUCUCAGGGUCAGCAUUUGCCCCCAACAUCAGCAGACAAAUGACACCACCGCUACUACUAUCUGCCCUAAGCCCCCAUUGUUUUCAUUUUUUCUGGCCCAGUGCUCUGGGGAGAGCAGCCAUUUUAAUUUCCCACAAUACCCCUGGUGUAGCAGCGCUAUGGGACAAUGCAGGGAAUCAAAAUGGUAGCCCCCUACUAUCCAACGCUCCUUCUGGCCACUAUCUCUGGCCGGUGAAUUACCAGGGUUGUGCAGUCAAACCGGCAGCACAUCCCAUGACGUUUUUGAUGUUUUGUGAACAUGUCAUCUGACCUGUAGCUUAGACCCUUUUAAACAUCUUUCCUGGGGAGUGCUUUUGUAGGGUGUUUUUCCCCCCCAGUAAUGAUGGCACAAUGUGUCUGUUUUAACAGGCGGUGGGACGUCCUGGGCACCCCGGAUCGUCGUUGGAGCCCCACCUGGAAGUCCCUCAGCACUUACAAGUGAGCAAACACUUGCCGUCCUCAGUGGCAACGGACGAAGCCAAUGAUCUAGAGGAGCUGGAAAAAUUUGCCAAAACUUUCAAACAGAGGAGAAUCAAACUUGGGUUCACUCAGGUGAGGACUGUCUCCUUCAAACUGUAAAGGCUUGUCUCAAGGCCACCUUGCCUGUGCCUUGAGACCUUCAGCUGAUGUUCUUCUUUGAGAACCUUCACCGGGGAAGGUAUUUCAUGCAGCAGAGAGGGGCAGGGCCUCCUCUGUGGUAGUGCCCCACUGUGGAAUGCCCUCUUGGUAUGGUUGGACCAGACCUCCGAUCAUCCCUGACCACUGGCCAGAUCUGAUGGAAGUUAGAGUCCAACAACACCCAUCCCUGCCAUAGAAGAACAAUGAGUGCUGAUACUUUAAUCCUGAUUGUCUGGUUAAAUCCUUUGCCAAGGCUUUUUGAACGCUGGUUAUGCCUCCUUGUUUUAACUCAGAACUUGUGGCCCUCCAAGUGUUUUGAGGCUGCAACUUCUAUCAUCUCUAGCCAUUGGGCAUGCUGGCUGGGGCUAAAGGGAGCUGGAAUCCAGAAACUUCUGGUUCUCUACCACUCCUCCAAAACCUGUUCAGUGUUGGGGGAAGGUGUUUCAAUAAGAAGAUCCUGGUUUUUUUCUUAUCAUUGUGUUAUCAGUAGUAGUAUUCAUAAGUUGGGUAUGAUUAGAUCAUGGGUAGGAAAACUAAGGCCCGGGGGCCAGAUCCAGCCCAAUCGCCUUCUAAAUCCAGCCCUCGGAUGGUCUGGGAAUCAGCAUGUUUUUACACGAGUAGAAUGUGCCCUUUUAUUUAAAAUGCAUCUCUGAGUUAUUUGUGGGGCAUAGGAAUUCAUUCAUUCCCCCCCCCCAAAUAUAGUCUGAGGGACAGUGGACCGGCCCUGCUGAUCCCUGGAUUAGAUGGUUGUUGUCAUUUUGUUAAAUGUAUUAACCUGCCCUUCACCAGCGGGUCCCAGGGCAACUUACAACAACUUAAAAUUCAGAAUUAAAAACAGUUUGCAAUUGCAGGAAUAGGGCAGGCUGAAAACACACAUCUCAGGUGUCAAAGAAGGACAUCUUCAGCAUUUGCGGAAAGCUGCUUAGCAAAGAUGCCAGACCCGCCUCUGCGAGGAGGGAGCUCCCCAACUGCGGCACUGCCCCAGGGUUGGACUAGAUGGUGCUCUGGGUCCCUUGCAGCUGUACAAGUCUAUGAUUGCUCUCUGGUGCCUUUUCCCUUUCCUGACCUCUUCUGCCUCCAGGGCGAUGUGGGGCUGGCCAUGGGGAAGCUCUAUGGGAAUGACUUCAGCCAAACCACCAUUUCCCGCUUUGAGGCCCUCAAUCUGAGCUUCAAGAAUAUGUGCAAGCUGAAACCACUGCUGGAGAAGUGGCUGAGCGAUGCAGGUAGGCCGGUGUUUCAGUUCAUCUUCCGCAAGCCGGCAUUUGGAUGAGUUCCCAUUUCUCGCAGGUUUGCUUAAAGAAAAUAAGAAGAAGAAGAUCUUUCCUGGUCUUGAUAGCUUUACUGUUUCAGCAUGGGUUGAGGGGUGGAGAGCUGUUUCUCCUCCCCUCUCAGAUUUUCAAUUUCUGGCAGAAUUGUAGGGUAUAAAUUGAUGCUGUGCUUGUUUUUCUGAAGGAAACAGGAUCCCUCAUGGAUCAUACAGCAUUGUCCCACUAGGGGGCAAUAGAGGGUGUGAUAGUCUCCCAAGACGAAGAGAGAAUAAAGUAGGAUCCAACCAGAAAAUUGCAAAGUAAGACACCAGCUUACAAGUUCAACAGAACUCUGCUUCAGUUUGGAUGUGAAGCAGAACAAAAACAGAAAGAGGGGUGUCUGAAUUUUUUUUAGAUAGCCCCUUUUCUCCAAAGAGCGCAAGGUGGUGUAUAUACUUCUCCCCCCCUCUCUAUUUUAUCCUCACAACAGCCCUGUGAGGUAGGCUAGGCUGAGAGGCAGUGACUGGCCCAAGAUCACCCACUAAGCUUCCUGGCUGAGUGGAGAUUUGAACCCAGGUUUCCUGGGUCCUAGUCCGACACUCUAACCACUACACCACACUCAUGUCUCUGUGGGGCAUGGUGGGAACCUCAGCCCAACCUUUGGUAACUGUCUUGUGGCUGGUGCUUAUGGGAGUUGCAAUCCAAAAUAUCUGGAGGCCACCAGAUUGGGGGAGGAGACCUGAGAUCAGAGCUUGGGAACCUGUGACUAGAUGCUUUGGACUCCAGUUCCUAGCAGCAUCAGCCAGUAAAGCAAAUUGUCAGUUUUCUGCCAUAAUCCUUGCACACAUCAAUAUAUCGGCUUUGAAUUAAAUAGUUUGCCUAUCUCCUUGCUCCAUAGAAGCUUCCCCUUUGGACUCUUCCGUGAGCACACCCAGUUCCUACCCAUCUGUGAGCGAGAUGUUUGGUCGCAAGAGAAAGAAACGCACCAGCAUCGAGACCAACAUUCGCUCCACUCUGGAGAAACGGUUCCAAGACGUAAGAGAAACAAUCCACUUUUAGCCGUCGAGCAUAAUAUGGGGAGGUAUAUAAGGCUGGAGGUUUGACAGGGCAAGUGAUGAGAAGCAAGAAGGGAUGUCUUCCAUCACUUCACCCCACUAGUCCUUCUAGGUUUUCCUCCAUCCUAAAAUAGUGUUAUAGGAUUGGAGGGUCAGUCUAGAUGACAUCCAUGGAUUCCUUCCAGGCCUGUGAUCCUGUACACAGUGAGGUUAAGAAUCUAGUAGGGGAGACUGCUGAACAAACCAAACCAGUUCCUUUUUGUCAAGGUAAUUGUUAAGGCUAGCCACUUAAGUACUUCCAUUUGCAUGUCCAAAGAGGUUGCUCUGUUGCCAUAGAGACAAAUGGGUGGGCAUUUUCCCACCUCACCUUGCUGGAUGCCAUGUCAGCCUAGGAGAGAGAACAAAGGGAAAAGGGGUGCUGUGUGAGAGACAGGUUUUUUUGCUGAUGCUGGAAGCUGGAGCCCCAGAGGCUGGACCCAAAGAUGUGGCAUUCGGCUUCCCUAGAAUCCUAAAAGGAAGACAAGUUCUGAUGUAGUGUAAAUGCUGUGAGGCCCUUCAUCCUAUGUUCAGGUCGUCUACAUGUGUAAAUAAAUCCAUAUUUCCUAAAGAUACCACAGUCUCCAUAGACCUUCACUCCCAGGAAACUGAACCCUGGGAAAGUGUAGGAGCCCCUGGAGUCUCUCAGCACACAGAGAUUAGGUGCUUGCAACACUACAUGAUCUAGGACUGUGUGCAGGAUUCGACUGGUCCAAGUCCUGAACUAAAUUGAGCCGAUUUGGGGGAGUGGAGGAUUCAGACAUCCCCAGAUCACUGCAGGUUGAGCCAUCCAGUGAUCUGUGAGCUGUAGCAUGAUGACAGUCUUACCUUGCUAUGUAUAUAGGAAUAAAUAAAGUAUCCCUUACCGCUGUGGAUGGUGUUGCUUAUCUCAGCCUUUUUCUCUUCAGAACCCCAAGCCCAGCUCAGAGGAGAUCUCCAUGAUUGCAGAACAGUUGUCCAUGGAGAAGGAAGUGGUUCGGGUUUGGUUCUGCAACCGGCGCCAGAAAGAGAAGCGCAUCAGCUGCCCGAUGCCCUCCCCUAUCAAAUCACCCCUCUACAACUCCAGACUGGUAAGAGCUCCUUCGCCAAAGGGGACUGGCCACCAGUGGGCAUUGCUAGAUAGUUAAAGAACUUGAGGCAGAAGCCCAUAAUGCACAUUUCUUGCAAAUUGGCUUGUGCUAAUUUAUACACAGUUUAAAAAGGUAAAGGACCCCUGACAGUUAAGUCUAGUCGCAGACGACUCUGGGGUUACAGCGUGCAUCUCGCUUUAGAGGCCAAGGGAGCCGGCAUUUGUCCACAGACUGUUUUUCCGGGUCAUGUGGCCAGCAUGACUAAACAGCUUCUGGCUCAACAGAACACCGAAACCAGAGCAGCGCACGGAAACACUGUUUACCUUCCUGCCGGAGCGGUACCUAUUUAUCUAUUUGCACUUUUGGCACACUUUCGAACUGCUAGUUUGGCAGGAGCUGGGACCGAGCAGCAGGACCUCACCUCGCUGUGGGGAUUUGAACCACCGACCUUCUGAUAGGCAAGCCCAAGAGGCUCAGUGGUUUAGACCACAGCACCACCCAUGUCUCGCUUAUACACAGAUACCCCUGGGCAAAUUUAGGUGGUGGAGCUCUCACUUUGUGCCCAGGAAUUGUUGUUGUACCCAGUGCUAGUCCUACUGGCAGUGGCCCACUGAAGUUAAUGGACAUGACUAACUUAGAUUCAUUACAUAUGCUCCAACAUUUUCUGUCCCAAAUCCAGGAAACACACACCCAUCAUGCUGCCCCUGCCUCCACCCCUCACCCACCUAGGCUGCCUUGACACACCAGCACCACCCACAAGCAUGCCCAGGCUGACUCAGCCACCCACCACCUUACCUUUGCCAGCUCACUGCUGCUGCCACUGCAAGGCCAAGGCUGCCUUCUCCCCCUCUGCAAGACCCACCAAGGCACUUUGGUGCAUCCCUUUGAGACAGCCAGCACAGCUUCCCAGAGGGGUGCAUCCCUGGCAAUGUCAAAGCGAUCUCAGAAGGUGCUCUGUUGCCCGUCAUUCCAGCAUCCAAAUCUCAGCUUCUGAGAUGUCCCAGUUAAAGCGGGACAGUUGGGGGGUAUGUCAUUAACUAACUUGGGUCCAGUCUGAGGGGAACAUAGUUGUCUCCAACUCAAAGUUUGCUGUUUCUUCUUUGGAGCUGUGUUCCAAAACACCUGGAUUGAGGAAAGCUGUUAUAAACCAAGCUGACCUGUCCUUUCUCUCAUAGAAGCUGGACUGUCCGCAUCCCAUUGUCCCUGGCAUGUCCUGUUACAAAGACCUCAGGCAGCAAAUGUCAGCUUGGAGAGCCUGCAAGAACAGGCACUGCUAAGCUGGAUAGAUUUGAUGUCUGAAUGGUGAAAAGCCACUUGUUUAUACAUAAUAGUCAGGAGUAUCACACAAAGACUGUGCUUUGAACAUCAUGUUCCAUGUCGCCAACAGUGUGCUCCUGGUGUAUCAGAGCCAACAGAGCACCUCUCCCUUUUGCAAACCGCUUUGCAGGUGCCUGGUGCGUAGCUCCACGCAGCUGCUACCUGCCUCUCGUUCUUUCUUCGAAAGCAAUUUGAAUUGCACAUGCACCUACAUGAAGGAAUGAGUGGAAGUGGGUUGUGUGAAUGGCCAGAGAGUUGUUGCUGUUGGCAAGAGCUGGAUUCUGUGUGGUCCUCACCUUACACUGGGCGAAGCGUUAGUGUAUAAACACACUUUGAAGUGGAAUGCAGCUGUUGCUUGGGUAGAGCAUGCCAGCUCCUUCUAAAGGAAUGGCUUGCCGUAGGGGAUCGACGCAGGAGAGCCAGGACAAUAUAAUGGCUCAUGAUGAGUUGUCAGCCACAAGGGCCUUGCUUCAAGUUUCUUGGCAGCCCUCAGUAAACUGCCGUCUCCCCACACAGAGGCAGUAUGGGAAUAACAGGCAUGGCCUACCUUGCAAGAUUGUUGUAAGUGUUACUGAGAUGGGGUACAGGUAAAAAGCUUAAAAGCUCUGUUAGAAAUGCUGCGUGGAAAAAGGCUGGGAUCCAACUGAAACUGUGACGGAGAGUCUCAGUCGCCGAAAUGUCAGCCAGCUUCCUGAGAUGCUAUCGCUCCAAAUUAACAAGGCCCCCAGCAAAUGGAGAGAGCACCUUUUCCCUGAUUCACCAGGACUGACUCAGAGAGGAGAGCACCCUCUGAAGAUGACUCAUUCACACAGCUUCCUGCAAGGCAGCUGCUUCUAGCACAGCACAGGGUGCUCUCAGGCUGUCUACGUUUUCGGGUGGGAUCCUCUCCUGUGUCAGCAAAUCCACGUUGUGCAAUCGUUGUCGACGGGGAGCUCUUGCGCAACAAAUACACCUCUCCCUGCCCCGACCCCCCUCAACAUAGACUUUUUGCUUUGAGAUAUAUAAAAAAUAAAAUAAAAAAUGUCCAGUAGCACCUAGAGACCAACUAAGUUUGUUCUUGUUAUAAGCUUUCGUGUGCAUGCACACUUCUUCAGAUAUACUUCAUCAGACCAACACGGCUCCCUACCUGAAUCUUUUUGCUUUGAGGAAAGGGAUGGGGAAAUUCACUAGACAGUGUGGGACAGAACGCUUGCCUGGACACAACAUCCUCUAAUCUCCCCUACAACAAAUCAGAAGGCUCCUGAAAUAGGCAGUGUCAUCUCAUCUCCCUGCAAACCAAUCACAAUUAAUGCUUUUUUUAUUAAAAAAAUAAAUUAAUUAAAAAGGUCAUCUGGAAGCACCUAUCAUCUCCAGCUGCUGAACCAUUUGAGCAAAUUGUCAUCUAAGUCCAGCAGCAAAUGUAGAGUUGGAAAGGACCUUUGCCAAACUUUUAUUAGGCAUUACAAGUAUCGGCCAUGAUAAAACAUCCAUAUAUAAAAUUUAAAAACAUGUACAAAUAAACAGCCAUGUAAAAUAUGUAAUAACGAGGAUUUUCAUUGGAGUUUCUUCCUGCUAAAUAAAAAGGAGGCACGGCUAAGUACCACCUGCAUUAUACAUUUAAAGCAGCAUCACAUUUGUUUGAGGAUCUAUACAACUGUGUAACAUGCAGAAAACAGCAUUUUUAGAGAAAUCAAAGACUGGAACUGAGGGAAGUCGGGUGGUGGGGGUGGGUAAAUUCUGUGGGGGGAGGGAGGGGGAGGAAAAAUGGGGGGAUAAGGAUGAUAUGUUUCUGGAUAAUAUGUUUUGUUUUAAUUUUGAAUAAAAAAAGUUAUUAAAAAAAUAAAUAAAAUAAAGCAGCAUCACAUUUCUAUCACAGACUUACAUCUCCCAGAGUUCCCUGUGAAGAGGGAUUGCUUGUUAAACCACUCUGGGAAUUGCAGCUCUUUGAGGAGAACAGGGGUCUCCCAAUGACUCUUACCCUUAAGAAACAACAUUUCCAAGGAUUCUUUGGUGGGGGGAGCCACAGUCUCUAUUUUGACGUAUUUCCUUUAAAACAGCUCAAAAUUUAUUUAUUUUAGAUUUUGAGUCCAGAUUUCCAACCCUGUUUAAAUGUACAGUGUAAAUGAUGCCAAAAAUGAGCUUCUCGUUGAACGAUUUGAGGCUCCUAUAGCACAGCAUCUAGGUGACUGCUUAUUUGUGUAUGUUUUUCUAAGCACCAGCCAUACGACUUGCAGUGGACAAACCAACCAAGGCCAAUCUUUUAACCCGUCACCCCAAAUGAUCCUCUUCUGCUUGCUUUUCUCUUCCAGGUCUCUACCUCAGGAUCCUUGGGUCCCCUCUCUGUCACUCCUGUUCACAGCACCAUGCAUGGGGCAGGUAUGUGGGGGUUUUCCCCCCCAGGAGAAUGUUUCUCUGUUUCUGUUUUUUCCUUCCAUGAUUCAGCCCCUCUGAUCCGCUUCUCUAGGUGGGAUGGGGUUGGGGAGGGAACAUGGAACCAGCCUGUCUUUUGCCUCAGGCCUUUGGCGCCUCAGGCCCUGCAGGGAUAUUCCUCUGCGCAGCUCAGACCUUGCCUAGGGGCACAGGACGAGGAACGCAUAUAUAUCGGCUUGAAGCAACCCUGCCAAAUCUUUGGCCGCAGGCUUUCCAUUGAUACUGUAAUGGGCAGUUGGGCUGUGAAAGCCCAACAGGGUAAAAUGGAAGGGUGUGAUGACAGACAGGCCAGAGGGCAGGUUCUGGAGCAGACAGACAAGGAGGUAGGGAGGUGAGAUGAGGAAAUCUGCAUCAUUACUCCACUGGACAAGCUGCUCAGACUGAGGAGCUGGGAAUCAUAGAAUCAUAGAGUUAUCUACUCCAGCUCCCUGCAAUGCAGGAAUCUCAACUAAAGCAUCCAUGGCAGGUGGCCAUUCAACCUCUGCUUAAAAAACCUCCAGUGAAGGAGAACUGACAACCUGCAGAGGGAGUCUGUUCCACUGUCAAACAACUCUUACUGUCAAGGAGAGGACCGUAACUCAGUGCCAAAGCAACUGCUUUGCAUGCAGAAGGUCCCAGGUUCCAUCCUUAUCAUCUCCAGGUUGGAAAGGGGAAAGACCCUUUGUCUGAAACCCUGGAGAGAGGCUGCCAGUCAGUGUAGACUCCUAAUAAUAAUAAUAAUAAUAAUAAUAAUUUAUUUAUACCCCGCCCAUCUGGCUGGGUUUCUCCAGCCACUCUGGGCGGCUUCCAAAAAAACACUAAAAUACAAUAACCUAUUAAACAUUAAAGCUUCCCUAAACAGGGCUGCCUUCAGAUGUCUUCUAAAAGUUUGGUAGUUAUUUUUCUCUUUGACAUCUGAUGGGAGUGUUCCACAGGGCGGGUGUCACUACCGAGAAGGCCCUCUGCCUGGUUCCCUGUAACUUGGCUUCUCGCAGUGAGGGAACCGCCAGAAGGCCCUCAGCGCUGGACCUUCAGUGUCCAGGCAGAACGAUGGAGGUGGAGACGCUCCUUCAGGUAUACUGGACCAAGGCCGUUUAGGGCUUUAAAGGUCAGCACCAACACUUUGAAUUGUGCUCGGAAACGUACUGGGAGCCAGUGUAGGUCUUUCAAGACUGAUGUUAUAUGGUCUCGCCGGCCAGGGAGUCCUCCACACCCGCCCGCCUCCUGUCCCCCCAAAACAGCACUUCUGUCUUGUCAGGAUUUAACCUCAAUCUGUUAGAUCCAAUGUUGCUGAACUACAAUCCCCAUCAGCCCCAGCAAGCACUGCCAAUGGUGAUGGGAGUUGCAGUUCCACAACAUCUGGCAAGCCAAAAAUUCGUCAUGCUGGUGCAGACAGCACUGAACUUCAGGGACCAAUGGUCUGGCUUGGCCAAAGCAAGCUUCCUACGUUCCUAUGGCAUGGCUUAGAGCAACUGUUAUAUAGAGCCGGCCAGGCCCCUGUUGGAUCUACAGGUCAGCUGAUCUGGCUGGUCCGAAAAACUGCAGUACCAUCUCUGGCCAUUGUAGAGGUGGCACCGCAGCACAGCAGAGGCAGGUCUGAGAAUUCCUUCCUUUGCCCGGUGGCACAAAGAGUAAGAUGCUCAAGUCCCUGUUUCAACGCAGCCACCAACCACCAGCACCAUACCUGUUUGACUUCUUGCUUACAUCCAAACCAGGGUGGGGGGCAAGGGGACACUAGCAUUCAGCUUCCUCUGCCAUAAUCUCUGUGUUGCCACAGUGGAACUCGGCUGAGAGGAAGAUGGGAGCAGGAGGGUGGGGGAAUGAAGUUAGAAUUAGUUGAAUCUGCCUGUCCUUGGCUGUGCUCCCACCAACCAUGUCCCAAAUCAUUCAUUUCUUGGAGGAAUUAGAAAACAUUCCUGUUUACCCAGGCAACUGGUGGCUGAAGGAUACUGUCCCUGGCAACCCCAAGGUCAUUUGGGAAGGAUGUAUUUAACUGUAAUUGCAUUUAGACGUCUUUAAUUGUCAUUGUUUAUAGAAUGCUUUAAUCUGUUUUAUACGUUUGUUGUUGUUUUUAGUUUUUUAGCUAUAUGCCACCCUGGGGUCCUGCCCAUUUGGCUGGGUUUCCCCAGCCACUCUGGGUGACUCCCAACAGAAUUAAUAAUGAUAAUACUAAAAAAGCAAUAAAACACCAGACAUUAAAAACUUCCCUAAACAAGGCUGCCUUCAGAUGUCUUCUAAAAGUCAGAUAGUUGUUUAUUUCCUUGACAUCUGAUGGGUGGGCAUUCCACAGGGCGGGUGCCACUACCAAGAAUUAAUUUAUUAUUAUUAUUAUUAUUAUUAUUAUUAUUAUUAGUCCCGAUGGACAUCAACCACCACUGAAUGGAGGGCCUAGGAAAGAAGGGUCAGAACAGUGAAUAAGUGAAAUGGGGAGAGGAACCAUUAACAAAUGCACUGUUAAGCUGCCAAAGAAACCACAACUAUUUGCAUGCACCGGAACAACUGAAGGGUUUUUCUUUAAGGAUAAUUUUCUCUCUCGCACAGUGACAUCAUCAUGCUCUCCGGGGAACUCCAGCCGGCCCUCGUCUCCUGGCACAGGACUCCAUGCCAGCAGCCCCGGCAUGUCCCAGAGCAACUCCAAAGCAGCCAUCAACUCCUCCAGCUUCAACUCUUCUGGGUAAGGCUAUGACGGGGGGAGCGGGCUGCAGUUAAAAGAAUAAUUGAAUUGUAGAGUCGGAAGGGACCAGCAGGGUCAUCUAGUCCAACCCCCUGCAAUGCAGGAAUCUCAGAGUUUCCCCUGGGAUCAUGAGAAUAAAAGGAUGGUGAAGAAAGCCAGGAGGCAGGAGAGAGCAGGAUAUGAUGCAGAGUCACCUGAGCAUACUGAAAGUCCCAAUCUGGCCAGGUGCGACUGUGGGUUUUCCCCAGGUGCUGAAUUUCCACUCCUGGGAAACUGUUGCUUUAAGGCUUGCAGGAAAAUGAGCAGCUGCUCUUGGAAAAGUUCACAGUUGCAGAACUGCACCUGAAGUCAGACAAGGAUGCCCACUGGAGAUGUAAUAGGUUGCUUUCAUACUAGCCCCCGUGCUCUGGAAUUGCUAUGCUUUGAGUAACCACUUUUUACAGAGAAUUUGGAAAGUGUCCUUGUCAGCUCGCUGCAGUCCGUUGUUUUCUGUGUUCACCUCCUGUAACUUUUCAGACGUGAUUAGCGAUUUAAAAAAUACUAAAACAGCAAAAACCUGAUAAGUGCAGACUUUGGGGGGCCACUGUGCCCUUAAUUGAAAACUUCCUGUGUGCUAGUUCAGCCUGUUUUAUUGCUUUGGUUGGAUAGUAAUUAAUUACCCCUUAAUUUCUUAUUAGGUAGUCAGUUGCUGGUCCCUGGUGGAAGGGGGUUAAAUAAUCAUUCCGUUGCUGAUGCUGAUGCUUCCUUUUAUAGUGAAAUAAAAGACUCUUUUGCAGCCUUUAAGAAUUAUACAUACACACACACAAAAAAAUCCGUACGAAAAAAAUUCAUAAUGUCUUGCCUUGAGGGCAAAUUUAGAAUUGGAAAAAUGGCACAUGGUGAAACAGUUGGUACAGAUCCACACCAUAUGUUUAAAGCACAUAUAACCCAUAUUUAAAGCAAAUGGCUACCCUAAGAAUCCUGGGAAUUAGUGCUUGAGUUUGCCUUUUCUUCUCCCUUUUCCCUCCCCCUCCCCUUUCCUUUUCUGUCAUAUCUUUAUAUUUAGGGUUGACAUAUGGCCUCUUUUUCCAGGACACGUCCUCUUUUUCAUGGGCAGAGUUGUCACAGCGAUCCAUAGUUUAAAAGUAGAAGUCGACACAAAUGUGUCCUCUUUUUUGCUCUUCAAGACAUGGCAAAAUAUGUAAUACAUAACCACCCCUCCAAAGAAUCAUGGGAACUUGGACUUGUAGCUCUGUGAGCAGUUAAGCAAUAGUUUUCUCAGGUUUCUCUGGGGGAGGGUGUGCUUUAAAAUGUUCUUUAUAAGAAUGGUGUGGUUGUUAGCUUAGUUCAGAGCUUUCCAAACUGUGUGUCGCGACACGUUAGUGUGUCAGCUACAUGUGUCUUGCGAACGCUCCCUACGCUCCUCCUAGGGCUGUAAAGGGGUUCGUUUAACCUCUGGCUUGCUAGUAAAAAUGAAUGAAUGUGUCGCAAAAUGAUACAUUUGUAAAAAGUGUGUCACCAACAUGAAAAGUCUGGAAAGCUCUGUCUUAUUUCCUUGCCAACACCAUCGCUCGCCCCUGUCUGAAUUCUCACCAUAGGAACAGACAAGAGAUCUGAUCGUGCAUGCCCUGAAAGUUUGGCCCUUUGUAAUACAUUUAGAUUUUUUAUAGUCUUUUUUUUUUUUGCUCUUUCUCAUUAAAUUAACAAUCAAUCAUACAUAAAUAAGCAUAAAAAUGUGCACCUCACCACCAAGACCAUUCCAUUAUAACUCUCCAACCUCCCAGAAUUUUGACACCUCUUGCGAUGGAUUGACCCCUUUCUGUUUUAACAAUACAAAUUCUAUGAACACCCUCCAUAUCCCUUCAAAAUCAUUUCUCCUACAUAUUCCCCAUCUUACCUUCAAGGCACAUGUUAAUUUAUCAUUAAUAGCUAUAUCCCAAAACUCUUCGUACCAUUCUUCCAUUUUAUAUUCUGUUUGCCCCUUCCACUCCUAGCUAUAAUAAUUCACGCAGCUGUCAAUAAAUAGCCUGUGAACCUUCCAUCCCAUCAUAAACUGAUAAUAAUGCUACCUCUGGACUUUUGGUCAGCUUUAACCCCGUGAUUUCUGUUAUCUCCUUAAACACCCUUUGCCCAAAAAAAAUUGUACAUAUUUACACCCCCAACACGUGUGAACAUAAUUCCCUGUUUCCUGGCAUCCCCUCCAACAUAACACACAUCUAGUUUUUAUAGACAUGCACUCUCUCUCUCUCUCUCUCUCUCUCUCUCUCUGCAGAGAAAACAGUUUCUAAAGCCUUGCCUUUGUGUCUUUUUUGUUCUGUUUAUCCUUUUGAGCAGAUCCUGGUACCGAUGGAACCAGCCCACCUACCUCCACUGA